CUGUUACCGUGCAAUCUCCUUCGACUUCUCUCCCGAUAAUUCCCGCACGUGCUUUCGCUUCCCGCUCCCCGCCGGAAAAAGCCUCCAUUUUCCAUUUUUUUUUCAUUUUCCUUCCCCGUCCCGUCCUCCUCAAAUUCCCAAUUUUCCAACCCUAAAACCAGAUUUUUUUUUUUCUUCAACGUUCUUUACAUUUCCGGCACCGAUCCACUGCUUAAACAAUCGGAAUCCCCCUUCUCUGUUCGUUGUUUUGAUGUUUUUGUCGUGACGGGGAUUUGGGAUUGUGGCGGGGUAUUGGAUGUGUUGUGUGUUUGUAUGAUCUGAGCGUUAUUUUCUUUUUCUGUAUUGGGUUCUCUGAUUUUUGCGUGGAGAUGGGGGCGGUGACAUCGUCCAUGGCGGCGAAGUUCGCGUUCUUUCCGCCGAAUCCGCCAUCGUAUAAAGUGGAAGAGGUGGAGGACGGCACCGGGAAGCUGGUGAUGACGGAGGUAGCGGCAAGGGGAAACUUCGACGUUUUGAAGCUCAGUACCAAGAGAGGGAACCAGGUUGUGGCCCUGUAUGUAAAGAAUGUAUCAGCUACUUUAACGUUGCUUUAUUCCCAUGGAAACGCUGCGGAUUUGGGGCAGAUGUACGACUUGUUUGUGGAGCUUAGUUCUCAUCUUCGAGUCAACUUGAUAGGGUACGACUAUUCGGGAUAUGGCCAAUCUACUGGAAAGCCAAGUGAGCAGAAUACUUAUGCAGACAUUGAAGCUGUGUAUAGAUGCCUAGUGGAGAAAUAUGGGGCAAAGGAGGAAGAUGUCAUCUUGUAUGGGCAAUCAGUUGGGAGUGGACCUACAUUAGAUUUGGCUACUCGUUUACCUAACUUGAGGGCCAUUGUUCUUCACAGUCCGAUCUUGUCAGGCGUUCGAGUCAUGUAUCCCGUGAAGCGAACGUUCUGGUUCGACAUUUAUAAGAAUAUUGACAAAAUACCAUUGGUCAGUUGUCCAGUUCUUGUUAUUCAUGGAACUGAUGAUGACGUUGUCGACUGGUCCCAUGGAAAGCAACUUUGGGAUCUUUGUAAAGAAAAGUACGAGCCUUUAUGGAUUAAAGGAGGGAACCACUGUGACUUAGAGCUAUACCCACAGUACAUAAGACAUCUCAAGAAGUUCGUGUCUGCCAUCGAGAAAUCACAUCCUAGGAGUGCACCUGGACAAGCCACGAACCAGCUCGACGUUCCCAGAAACAGCACUGACGUUAGAGAAAAAUCUAGACCCAGCACAGAUCAAAGAGAGAAAACAACCAUAACGAGAUCUGAUCAAACAGAAAAGCCGAGGACUAGCAUGGACUGUGGUAAUGGAGACAGGUCUAAAAAGAUGUUAGACCAGCCAGAGAAAGCGAGGAACAGUAUUGACCGGUCUGCCAACCGAUCUUCUCAUAGCAUAAGUUUUUUGAUAAUUUUGAGCAUUGCACUCUCUUGCAGGUUUGGGGACAUGGUGAGAUCGGUUGGAUUAUGCAAUAUCGAUUGUUUCAAACCUACGGCAACACAUGUAUAGCGGAGUGGUUACUCGAGUCGAGGCUUAAUUCGUCGUGAGCAAUAACUUUUUAUUGGUUCGAUUAGUCGAAACCGUCAAAAAAUGGUUGGUUUACCAUUGAAAGUAAAGGUAGGAAAUUGAUUCAACUCAACAAGGGAGUAGUAUAAAUUGCUCACAAACAACUAAUAAAUCUAACCCCUCUUCCACUUCUAAGUUCGUUUGCUUUUGGUGUGUGUGUGUGUGUCUCUCUGUUACAUCUCCACUCUUACAGAAAUGAUCUUCCAUCAGAGAAGCUUGUCAUCCAAAAAUGGUGUAUUUUUUCUCUCUUCUGGGAAAAUGAACAAGUUUGGAAUGUUCUUACUCUUUAUUUGGGAAUGUAAUAUCUAAUUUGAACACUGA